ACGUCAUCUGCCUCAUACAUUUAGCUUUAGCCAAAAUUAGCUAGUUGUUCAAAUCAUAGAUACAUCUUGCCGAAACGACUGUUUUUCCUUUUCAACCAGCAGCCAACACAGCGGAUAUUUAUUUGGUGCUCCCUGGGGUUAACAGUGCCAAACAUGUACAUAAAAUCCUUGUUCCGAUGCAGAGACAUGCUGAAAGCAGAACUGGUCGUGUGAAAUGCUGGCUAGCUUAAUCAAAGCUAGCUGAAGAGCAAGGGGCCGAGAAACGAAAGUGGCUAACAUUAACGAGAGAUAAGCCUAUCACAACAAGCCUGAGCACUAAACAAACCUGCCACUGAAGCCACAAGACGAAGGACUGGUAGAGGUAGUUCAUUUCCUUCAAAGUAGCAGUGGGUCUCUCUCGAGGGCAGAGCCAUGGGUGCGUUCCUGGACAAGCCCAGGACAGAGAAGCACAACUUGCAUGAUGAGGGCAAUGGCCUGCGCUAUGGGCUUAGCUCCAUGCAGGGCUGGCGGGUGGAGAUGGAGGAUGCUCACACAGCUGUGUUGGGACUUCCUGCUCCUGGUAUGACUGACUGGUCCUUUUUUGCCGUGUAUGACGGUCACGCUGGCUCAAGGGUUGCUAACUAUUGCUCAAAGCACCUUCUGGAACACAUAAUCAGUGCUAGCUUAGGGGCUGGAGGGACCCAAGGCUCCCAGGCUGGGUCAGACAGCUCCAGCAGUGACCCUCCAGCACUGGUUCCCCCUACAGUGGAGACUGUGAAAGCCGGGAUCCGGACAGGCUUCCUGAGGAUUGAUGAGCACAUGCGCAGCUUCUCUGACCUUCGAAAUGGCAUGGACCGUAGUGGCUCUACAGCAGUGGGAAUCCUCCUGUCACCAGAUCAUUUCUUCUUCAUCAACUGUGGAGAUUCUCGAGCCGUUCUGUACCGUAAUUCACACGUGUGCUUCUCUACACUCGACCACAAGCCUUGCAACCCACGUGAGAGGGAGCGCAUCCAGAAUGCUGGCGGCUCAGUGAUGAUUCAGAGGGUUAAUGGGUCACUGGCUGUAUCAAGGGCCUUGGGGGACUACGAUUACAAGUGCGUGGAUGGAAAGGGCCCCACAGAGCAGCUGGUUAGCCCCGAACCGGAGGUGUAUGAGAUGGUUCGGGCCCCAGAACUGGAUCAGUUCGUUAUCCUGGCGUGUGAUGGCAUCUGGGAUGUCAUGUCCAAUGAGGAGCUGUGCGAGUUUGUGAAAUCGAGGCUUGAAGUGUCUGAUGACCUGGAGAGAGUCUGCAAUGAAGUGGUGGACACCUGCCUCCACAAGGGGAGUCGGGAUAAUAUGAGUGUUGUGUUAGUGUGUUUUCCCAACGCUCCAAAAGUGUCAGAGGAAGCUGUGAGGAAAGACGCUGAGCUCAACAAAUAUCUGGAGUCUCGAGUGGAAGAGAUGCUGUCUCGGCCAGGGGAGGAGGGGUUUCCGGACUUGGUAGCAGUGAUGAGGAACCUGUCCACUGACAUCGGCAUGCCCCUGCUGCCGCCGGGGGGAGGCCUCGCCAGCAAACGCAGUGUUAUUGAAGCAGUAUACAACCGCCUGAACCCAUACAGGGAGGAAGAUGGGCCCUCCUGUUUCAUUUGGUAAGUGAUCACAUAUAUAACUGUCACCCCCCCCCCCCUUUCUUCCAACCACUCAUCUACACACAUACAUACCCACACUCCCAAACAUUCUUACAGGCAUGUAAGUGGUGACCUGCUACGCAUAUUCCCCUGUCGCUCCUUCAUCAGUCUCUACUUCCUGCUCUGAUCUACUCUCUGGCAUGCGGAGCUCCGUGUAGACUUUAAGGCGUGUGUGCGUAUGGACGCGAGUGUCCAGGCUUUAUGAGGAUGAAUGGUCGUUGUCUUUUGGUCCUGUCCGUCCCCCCUCUCACGUCACACGCACACGCCUUACACGCAUGCAUCGCUGUCUCACUCAGUCUCUCCACAACUGCACGCAACUGUGUAACAGUCUUCGUUUCUGUGUCACUCCCUGCAAAAAGACGAAAGGCCUUGGAAUUGUUGUGUUGGCGUAUUGUUGCAGAAAGAACCUACACACUGAGAUUGAAAGUGUGCCCUGGCUUACACUGCUUUUUAACUGCUUUUCAACUUUAUUGUGUUGUUUUUUUUUUAUUUGAUUGUAGGAAAAACCUGGCCUUGAAGUUCAGGUUGGGAAACGAAAUCAUUGAAUGUGACUAUAAUGAUUGUGUUUUCUACAUGUAAUGACACUGUUCCCUCUUUAUCACCCCGCUCCCCCUACUUUUGUCUUGUUUUCCAACUUUUCUCUUAUUCCUCCUUCCCUCUUCCCUCCUCUUCCUCCAAUAUCCUACUCUCCUCUUUCCCUUUUCUCCUUCUUUGUGUGACUUUCCUCUGAUAGAGCGGAGCGGAGUUGGAGUACCACUGGUAGCUGUCCAGCACAACUGCCCGAUCCAAAAAAAAGAAGAAGAAGAAAAAAAAACAGGACCACUUUUCCACACAAGAUCACAUCCAUAGUCACCUUUUAAUUUCCUCUGGGAUAUUUUUAUUUUUUUAAUUUGUAUUACCCACACUGAGAGAUCAAUAGAAGCAGUAAUCCUGGUUUUAGAAGCAAACAACUCACCCAAUGUGGAGGACUGCAGAACAGAUUUAGUUUUUUUUUUUUGUAGAACAAAACGGGGAAAAUAAAAACGGCUGCAUUGAUAACUGAGAACAGAACUACAGUAUAUACUUUAGAGAGGCAAACAAGCACAGUUUUUCUUGCCCCUCGUUUUCUUGCUUUCCUUGUGGUGGUUGUUUUUGUUGUGGAUUGAUGGAGACACAGGAGCAGCCCUGCUUCAAACGCUUUGGGGCUCAUGGUGCCUUUCUCAGGACUGAGAGAGAAGGGAGGCCUCAACAUUCAGUCAGUCAGCCAGCCAGCCAGCAAUCACCAAACCAGUCCCUCAUGGAUGUUUGUAGGACACUGACAAGAUACUGAAGAGACUACAUUGGUUUGUUGGCUGUGUUCUUGAUGUUGUUGCAUUGUUUGUUUUGAAGUGUGAACUUUGAUUGCACCUGACUGGCAGCCAAUCGCCCACCAAACCUGCAACUCCCACUCACCUCAAACUAUGUUGUCCAGUUCAGGCAAGCUUGGGGUUCUGGGUAUUACUGGUACUCAAAUGGGGGCCCCAACACUUCACCUGCCCGUGCACCAGGCUCACUGGAGGCAGCCUCACAGAACUUGUGGAUUUAAAACUCCCAAAGUCCUCGCUAUCCAAAGACUUUCUGGGUCAAAGCCUGAAAUCCAUCACCUGAGGCUACACGAGGGGAGCACUCAUGGGAGAACUGGCAACUAAUUUCAGUUUGGCUCCUCCAUGCUGCAUACAAACUAACACAGGGCAUGGACUGGUGUCUGGCUGCAAAUAGGAAUUACAUGGAGAAGGUUUAAACACAAGUGUGAUGACUCUUCUUGCACGCCCCUGCUCACUUUCUCUCCUCCUGUCUCUUAAAGGAUAUCAAAUAGUUAAUUUCUCGCUCUUCCCCUCUGUCUCUCUCUUUUUUCGCUUUCUCUGUCCCUUCAUACGACAAGAGACCCAGCUGUCAUUUGCAUUGGCAGACAUUGCCAGAAUCAUAAGCUUAUGAGCCUGCUGUUUAAGAGAUAGAAAGAUAUAAAUUAUAUAUUAAAUUCAUAUAUAUAUAUAUAUAAAUAUAUAUAUAGAUAUAUAUUUUAAUUUGUUUGUUUCAUCUUAAUUCCCAGCCAUGGUAUUUGUUGUGGCCUAAUGUGCGUGUGGUCUACGUGUGUGCAUAUGUGCACAUGUUUUGUGUGUAGACAUUACAAAAAAAAAGUCAAAGUUGCACACAGUGUUCCCACACAGCAGCGUUCCAAAGACAGGGUUUGGGGAUAAAGGAAUUCCAGCCUCACCUUCUUCUUCUUCCCCCUUAUUCCUUAACACACACAAUCCUGCGUGUGCUACAACUUGCCUUUUCUAUCUCUCAAAUAUCCUGUGUAAAAACAAAACAAAUAAUGCCAUUUUUUGUUUUGAUUGAAAAAUUCCAUCAUUUACCUUUUUUGUUUUUCCAUUUCUUUAAAAAAAUGUUUUUGCUAUAUAUGGCUUUUCAGAGUACUGUGGCUGUGGUCCUUUUACAGAUGGAUAAGAAAUCGACAAUGGGAGCAUGGAAUAUACCUUGUACAGCAAAUUGGGAGAGAAAAGUAGGUUUUUGGUGUUUCACUGUAUGAAGUAAAGGAUGGACACUGUAGGGACAGACAAGAAUAGGCCCUACACCCAAAGCGGUGUUCACACUGUCACUGAAAUUGCUGUCCUUCAUUUUUCCACAGUUACCUUCAUAGACUUUGCCUUAAAGGCACAGGACGGUUGCUGGGGAAGCCCUGGUUUGACUCUUUGGAUCAACCAGCAGUCCAUUUCAUUUCUGUCAACCCAAGCACUAAUAAGUGAUUGAAACUUCUGAAUCGAAGCCUCUUCCUUUUUUUUUUUCCUUCCAAAUUUGUGCAAAGACAAAGUGGUUACACAUACUUUGCAUGUGUAUUUUUUUCUGUAGAUGCAUUUUUAAUAGGGUAUAAGUAAUAUACAAAACUGUAAUAUACACAUUUUUCAGUCAUUCAAUGGCAAAUUCAUUGUGCUUACUGGAGUGGUAGUAUUGAAAGAGAAUAGGCCUAACAAAGUUUGCAGGCUGAUUAAUGUUCUUGUGGUACACUUGCUCUUGGUGCCAUAUGAGAAAUAGGUACUUGAAUGUGUAGUUCUUUUGCAGUUGCGUUGUUUUAAUGGGAUGAUUGGUUUUUCUUUGUUUGUGGUGGCGGGAGCGGGAGGGGGCGGGAUCUCUACAGUUGUGCAUGUUUUGUGAUUGAGGGGAAGAGUGUAUUUUGUGUGUGAGAUGUACUGGGGCGGGUUGGGAUAAUGUGGUCAUGUUCAGUGUGGUGAAGCACAAUGUUAAAGAGGAAAGAUUGUGAUGAAAGAAGAACUAAGAGAAAAAUAGAACACAUGACGGGAUCUUAUUAGCCUGGAAACCUGGAAUUUGCAUGGGCCCUCUCCUAUUCAGACUGAUUUCUAUCCGGCUGAUCACAACCAUUUAUCUCAUGGGGGCAGUAUUUAUACGACAAGGGCAACUCCUGAAACUCAAUUUAAUCUGUCAAAUUGGGUGCUAUGUCACACAUUGUGUUGCUCUGAUUUUAAAUAGGUUUAUUCAGAGGCUUUUUGGUUUGUUUUUUGCCGUUGCCCCUUAAAAGUCAAAUUUAACUGAGACAUUGCAGACUAAUUAAUAUAAUAUAAUCUAAUAAUAUAUUAAGACUGAGUUGAUCAACCUUUUUUUUUUUUUUAACUGCAAAACAAUUAAAGGGGUAGCUAACAUUUUUUGAAGUGUGAGAUACUUAUCCAUAAUCAUUGUUAUACCUACAGUAACUGAUCAAGGCAGCGGUAGACCAGCAACCCCUGUGUUCAGCGAGGUAGAUUUUUUGUCAAUGAAGUGUGGUGACUUUAAAGAGAGCAUUAAUAAUGUCUUCAGUUCUUCAUAGGAAAGGGCUGUCUUACAGCAAGGUAAAGCUGUGAAAAUAUCCUAAAUAGCAUACAUUUAAACAUUGGAUCACAUUUUUAGUUUUGCUGCUAUAUCCGUCCGCAGCAGUACUCCUGCCACCAUCCACCUCAGGUCAUAUAUUCACUGUGGAUAAGUACCUUAUAAAACCCCUCUUUUAAUUUUCUGUUUUUCACUGCAUCUGCUUUAAAUUUUUUCCUGAACUUGAGUCAUUCCCAUUUCAUAACUUCCUGACUUUUAAACAUGGUAUUAGGCUUCACCACACUGAACAUUGUCCUCAGUUUAGGUUUAUGUUUAAGCUAUAUCAGACACUGGGCUAGGAGAGGAAUUAAGUGAGGGAAGGAAGGAGAAACAUUUAUUUUUCUGAAUGUAAUUUUUUUUCAUUAUUUACACUGAUUCCACUGCAUGGACUGAAUACAAGCAGCACCGCAGCAUCACAGUCUCUCCUCAUCAGUCAUUUAAUGGCAAAACGACCUCUCUUAGCUCCUUGAUUAUUAUUCUGGUUUGUAGAAAAUCAUGUCAAGACUUGCGUGGGAAACUUCUCACUUUUAGAGGAGACUUUGGUAGCCGGGUGAUGCCUGAAUAAUUUGACCCUGAUUUGUUGCUUUGAUUUCAGGGUUAGGAUGAACAAAAAAAACCUUAAAAAAAUAAGUAAUCUGUUCUAGGCUGGUGGGGGCAAUUUGGAAAGUGCUACAAAACAAACAACAAAAGGCAGAUAUGACAUUCCUCAUGUGGGCAUUUUAGGAUGGAAAUGAACCCUUUGCCACCUCCUGUCGUCUCUGGUCACUAUUUACAAACUGUUUGAACAGACAGAUGUAUGAUGGCAAGUAUAAAUUCCACACUUGUUUUUAUUUAUUCCAGUACUUUUUAGCUCUCUUAUAGAAAUGCUGUAUUUUGAAGACGGAAUUAGGUAAUAAGCCGGUGUGCAUUUGAGAGUAAAGUGUGACCCACUCGCCUUCAUCUUUGCCCUUUUGAGAGGACUACAGGAUGGCAGGUUUAUGAGACACCCAGGGUAUUCACCAUCCCUUCUUCCUGUACUAAUUUCCCAGUAUGCUAUUGUAAUGUUACAGAUCAUACAGUGAACAUAAACUUCAAUAAAAGAUGGAUUUAAGUUAAACCUUUAAAA